GCACCCGCAGAACCGCCACAAGAACCCAACCUGUUCAAUCUAUCUGAAGGAACAAAACUUCAUGGUUCUUCAAAUGCUUCCCCAUCAUCGAAGCCUCCUCCAAAACCAGCACAAGUUUUGAAGGAAGAUAAAGUAAAGAGUUCAGGUGCAUCUCCAAUAGAUGAACUUGAGGACUUCGCGAUGGGGCGAAUGCAUAAUAAGGUUAGUAGAUCUGAAGGAGCUGAUGAUGCUACAAAGAAGACCCAACAAAAUACAGGGGAUGAUCUUGAAGCCUUUUUUGGUGUAAGUUCCAGAUCCAGUAGUGUUCCAAAGCAAAGGGAAACAACUUUGGAUCCCAUAUUUGGUGUAAAUAUUCCGAACAGACAACAAAAGUCAUCUGGAGGGGCAUCAUCCACCGCAAAGAAGCCUUCUUCUUCUUCUGCUACCAUGUCAAAUGGAAUAGAUGACCUUUCUUUUAUUUUUGGAGCUGCCCCAAUGUUUGGAGAGUUUGAGGAACUUGACGGUGAAAGUGGAGAAAGACGAAGAGCUAGGUUGGGACGUCAUCAGAGGACCCAAGAUCGAGUGGCAAGAGCAGUUGCUGAUAUGAACCAGCGUGAUCGUCAAUCACAGAAUGAGCAAGAAGAGAGGCAUAGGAUCGCUGAAGCUACGGAUUUUGAGAUAAAACGCUGGGCUGCAGGGAAAGAAGGUAAUAUGCGUGCACUUCUGUCAUCGUUACAACAGGUACUUUGGUCUGACUGUGGAUGGGAGCCAGUUUCGCUGACGGAUUUAAUCACCUCUGGAUCUGUUAAAAAGGUUUAUAGAAAGGCCACAUUGUGUGUCCAUCCUGAUAAGGUUCAGCAGAAAGGUGCCACCAUUGAACAGAAAUAUAUUGCUGAAAAGGUUUUCGACAUUCUCAAGGAAGCUUGGAACAAGUUCAACAAGGAAGAACUUUCUUAAAACUAGGAAUGUACCCCCAUCCGAAGAAGCAAGCCACUUGUACUUGGCACUCAUACGGGUUCGUUUCAGAAAAGUUAGUUCAAGAACAGACCCCCCCCCCAAAGUGUUAAUGGUUGUCAUUUGUGUAUACGACACUGUUCAUACAGCACCUUCAUUGGUUAUGGAACU